AUGCUACUGCGAUUACCCAAAAACCUCCAUUACCCUCUCACAAUCACGAAAGUUGAGAAGCAAGUAGGCGAUCCCGUCUCUCUCAACGACGACCUAUUUCUAUACUCCUAUACGACCAAGGUGAAGGUUGGCAGUCGCUAUGGCGAUGAGACAGAAGUUGACAAAAAAUUCGUCACCCACUUUCCCAGCACACUUCAAGGAACAAUCAAGGGAUGGAGGGUUUGGGAAGGAGAUGUACUGACACACCCCGCAGACAUUUGUGAAAUCGAGGAGGAAUGCCCUCAUACUGUCCAGUUUCUGGGCAUGUGCACAAACUGCGGAAAGGAUAUGACAACUGUGCAGGCAGGCAGCGAGACUACAGAUGCUGAUCGAGCACCCAUCCGCAUGGCGCAUGACACUCCUCAUCUUACCAUAAGCAAAGAAGAAGCCAAUACUGUCGAUGAAGAAGCUAAGCGUCGCCUUCUAGCCUCUAGAAAGUUGUCCCUAGUCGUCGACCUUGAUCAAACUAUCAUACAUGCAGCCGUCGAUCCGACGAUAGCUGAAUGGCAGAAAGAUAAGGACAAUCCGAAUUAUGAAGCUGUCAAGGACGUCCGCGCGUUUCAGCUUAUUGAUGACGGUCCCGGAAUGAGAGGCUGCUGGUACUACAUCAAACUGCGACCUGGUCUUGCUGAGUUCCUUGAACACGUCUCCCAGCUUUUUGAGCUUCACAUUUACACCAUGGGAACUAGACAAUAUGCUCAGCAAAUUGCCAACAUCAUUGAUCCGGACCGCAAAUAUUUCGGCGAUCGAAUAUUGAGUCGCGAUGAAAGUGGAAGUAUGGUCGCCAAAAACCUUGAACGACUCUUUCCUGUCGACACGAAGAUGGUCGUCAUCAUUGACGAUAGAGGUGAUGUGUGGAAGUGGAACUCCAAUUUGAUUAGGGUUACCCCUUUUGACUUCUUCGUUGGUAUAGGAGACAUUAACUCUAGUUUCUUGCCCAAGAAGCAAGAAACCCAGAGCAUGCCUAAACUAGAUAACAAGGAGUCUGCAACCAAUGGUACAGACUCGGGCGCAGUCGAUGCUCACGGGGCUACUAAUGGGGUUUCCGACCAACUACCUCCAAGUGAAGACAGUGCAUCCACUUUGGAGCAGCUGAUGGCCAUGAGUGGUGGUGAUGAUCCAGUUGUGCGAGAACUGCAGACCAAGGGGCAAGAACAGCUUAUCACCUCGCAGCUGUCAGACAAACCACUUUUGAAGAUGCAGUUGGAGCAGGACGAGAAGGAUCAGGCUGAAGCGGUUACUAACGGCGAUGCGCAAGCCUCUCCGUCGACUGAUUCCGACUCCAGUGACUCCUCGGAUUCAUCCGAGACCACGCCACCAGCACGGCCCAAGCCACGACACAGUAUCCUUAAGAACGACGAUGAGGAGUUGAUCCAUCUUGAGUCUGCCUUGACAGCUGUACACGCUGCCUUUUUUGCAGAGUACGACCGCAAGAGAUUGGGAGGGAAAGGCGGAAGGGUGGCAGAACUUACUGGGAAACGCAAAGCACCUCUGCCCAAUGGUGAAGAAGAAGAUGGUACUGCCAUUGAUCUGUUACUGGUACCCGAUGUCAAGAAGGUGAUGCCUGCGAUGAAGCAACGCAUCCUUAAUGGUGUCAAGCUGGUAUUCAGCGGCGUUCUUCCACUAGGUACCGAUGUUCAGAACGCCGACAUCAGCACGUGGGCGAAAAGCUUCGGCGCAUCCAUCGCUGAAAAAAUUGCCCGAGACGUGACGCACGUUAUCGCCGUACGACCAGGGACAGCCAAAGUGAAACAGGCUGUGAAACGUGGCAUAAAAGUUGUGGGCACACCUUGGUUGAUUGAAUCCAUGCAACAGUGGCGCAGGCUGGAUGAGCGACCCUACCUUCUCGAAGGCGUUGGCAAACAGAAACUCGAGACUUCUAGUGAGGCAGGAGAUGGUGUGGAGAAGCCUAAUCCUUCUUUACACAAUUUCCUCCUCAGCUCUUCCGAAGGAGAGUCCACUGGCUUUGAUACCGAAGAUGAUCAACCUUCUAGAAAGAAGCUCAAACUAGACGUCACAGGCGGUGGAAAUGGCGAGGACAGCAAGGAUGGAGAAUUCGUAGACGACGGAAGUCCCCUGACCAUCGAUCAAGAAGAAUGGGCAGACAUUGAUGCCGAGCUUAAAGAAUUCAUGGGAAGUGAAGUCGACAGUGAAAGUGAUACAGACUCUGUAGGCUCGGCUUUGAGUUUCAGAGAACGACGAGCUGCUAAGAGGAGAAGAGUUGACUUUGAAGACGAGGGAGGCAGUCUCGAUGAUUCUCCGAAAUCGAAGCGAAAGGCAGGUGGCAGCGGUCUCAAAUCAGUUUUCAACAUUGACAGCCAACGGAAUUCUGAGGCGUCCAGUACUCCCGAUGCCAGAGAUACAGAUGAACAACAGAUCGAGCGUGAUCAGCGGAGAGUCGAGGCAGCACAGGAAGAUAGAGAAGCUGAAGAAGAAGACUCAGAUGACGAGCUGGCCAGAGAGCUUGAGAGAGAGCUUGAGGAAGCCGACGCUGAGUUAGAGACAUCAAGAAUCUUGGGCUGA